CAUCAGCGGAGAGCCGACGACUCGAAAGCUUCCCUUGCAACUUGCUUGCCGGUGGUUGUAAAUUAUUCAAACUAGAAAAAUAAAGAAUUUUGAAACUAAAUAAUUUCAAAACAUUUUUGUCAAACGCCUCAUUGAUUUUGAGUGCAAGUUAAGCAACUUUUGUUGAAUUACUUUAUCAAUUAAACAAUUGGAGAAUGGCACUCGUUUGCGCAAUUUCCAAUCACGUCCCAGACACCGCCGUAAUUGCACCAACAUCUGGCACCGUCUUUGAGAAACGAUUAAUUGAAAAACUUCUGGCAGAGAAUGGAGGCAAGGACCCAAUAAAUGGAGAGCCCUUGGAUAUUGAUCAACUUAUAGAGAUUAAAGCUCCUGCAUUCGUUAAACCCAAACCUCCUAGUUGCACAAGCAUCCCUGCUAUUCUUAAAAUUCUUCAGGAUGAAUGGGACGCAAUGGCACUUCACAGCUUUACGUUGAGCGACCAACUGAACAUUGCUAGAAAAGAGUUGUCCCUUGCCUUGUAUGAACGUGAGGCCGCGUGCAGAGUUAUUGCUCGCCUGACAGAUGAGGUGGCGGAAGCUCGUGGGGCCCUUGCGACCCUUAAACCUCAAACCCAGGCGUAUGUUGCAACGGGUGGACAAGCAGGAGCGUUUGAAGCAGCAGGAGGACAAACAGUGGCGAUCGGCAUCAGUGCUGAAAUUCAUCAGAAACUACAGGAUACUGCAGCUGUUCUCACACAAGAAAGGAAAAGAAAGGGCAAAGCAAUUCCUCAAAAUCUAGCAUCAGCAGAAGCCAUUAAAGAAUAUCAAGUCAUUGCAUCUCAUACUGGACUACAUAGUGCCAGUAGCCCAGGGAUUCUGUGUUUGGAUAUCCAAGGAAGUACUGUGGUCACGGGAGGAAAUGAUAAAAUUGUUACCGUAUUCAAUAAAGAAAGCGAACAAGUUGUUGCCUCCAUGAAAGGACAUUCAAAGAAAGUUAUUUCUGUUCUUUGUCAUCAAGACGAGACUUCUGUGUUGAGUGGUUCCCUGGAUUGCACGAUUCGCUUGUGGGAUGCACAAUCAUCUCAACUCCGUCAAGUGAUCCGUGCCCAUGAUGGAGCUAUUACUGGACUUUCUCUGCAUGCUACAGGGGAUUACAUACUCUCAUCCUCAAUGGAUCAGUACUGGGCAUUUUCAGAUUUUCGAACUGGAUCUGUUCUGGCUAAAGUGAUAGGAGACGAGGAAAGUCCGUUGUUUGCUGCAAAAUUCCAUCCUGAUGGUUUGAUCUGUGCGAUUGGAACUUUGAAAUCCGUCGUAAGAAUUUGGGACUUGAAGGAACAGUCAAAUGUUGCAAAUUUCCCUGGACAUAAUGGGAGAAUUAUUUCAAUUGCAUUUUCUGAAAACGGAUAUUACUUGGCCACUGCUGCAGAAGAUGCAUGUGUCAAAUUGUGGGAUCUGCGAAAACUCAAAAACUUUAAAACCAUCGAAAUGGCUGAUAACUACUCUAUCACUGAUUUAGCCUUUGAUCAAACUGGUACCUAUUUGGCAGUGAGUGGCUCGGAUGUCAGAGUCUAUGGUUGCAAGUUGUGGAAUGAAAUUGCUGUGUAUAACGAUCACACUGGUACUGCUACUGGUGUUCGAUUUGGACAAAAUGCAUCAUUUAUUGCGUCAACUUCUUUGGAUCGCUCCCUGAAAAUUUAUGGAGAACAGCAGUAGGUUGUAAAACAAAGUAGUUAUAUCUAUAUAUGUAUAUAUAUUUCGUUAUAAUACAAUUUAAGACAGGACUAUUACGUAAUUAGACUUUUACUUUACCAGCUACUAUUCGUUUGAAAUACUUUUUGUAUACAUUCUCGUUGCUGUAAUUUAUUAAUUAAUCAAUUAAACAAUACUUGAUCACUUCUUAAUCCUGGAUUAAAUAAUUUUAAAUGUCAUA